CUGCGAAGCAAAAACGCCUCCGCCGAGAGGACUCUGGACAGCGUCCUCGCCCCUCCUUCCCUCUUCCUCCCCUCCGGGGACCACCAGGCGCCACGCCGCGAACGUAAUAGCUCUUCAAGUCUGCAAUAAAAAAUGGCCUCCAAUAAAACUACAUUGCAAAAAAUGGGAAAGAAACAGAAUGGAAAGAGUAAAAAAGUCGAAGAGGCAGAGCCUGAAGAAUUUGUGGUGGAAAAAGUCCUGGAUCGACGCGUAGUGAAUGGGAAGGUGGAGUAUUUCCUGAAGUGGAAGGGAUUUACAGAUGCUGACAAUACUUGGGAACCUGAAGAAAAUUUAGAUUGUCCAGAGUUAAUUGAAGCAUUUCUUAAUUCUCAAAAAGCUGGUAAAGAAAAGGAUGGUACAAAAAGAAAGUCUUUAUCUGACAGUGAGUCUGAUGAUAGCAAAUCAAAGAAGAAAAGAGAUGCUGCUGAUAAACCAAGAGGCUUUGCCAGAGGUCUUGAUCCUGAACGAAUAAUUGGUGCCACAGACAGCAGUGGAGAAUUAAUGUUUCUCAUGAAAUGGAAAGAUUCAGAUGAGGCAGACUUGGUGCUGGCAAAAGAGGCAAAUAUGAAGUGUCCUCAAAUUGUAAUUGCUUUUUAUGAAGAGAGACUAACUUGGCAUUCUUGUCCAGAAGAUGAAGCUCAAUAAUUACUUGCAUUGCUUUUUAUAUAUAUUUAUAUAUAUAUAUAAAAUCUUGAUCUUGGUUUUUUGGUUUAUUAGUGUGAAAAAAUAACUACAUUCUAAUGAAAAUCAAGUUUGAUAUGUUUGUUUUGAAGUAAUAUUGGAGUUGUUGGGGGUUUUUUUGCGUGUAUAGCACUGGUUACUUUGAACAAAUAAAAGCUUUCUGUAGUUGCUUCCUUUAUCAGAAAAGAACAUUUGAUACCAUGGUAUAUUACUUCCUCUGCAUUAGAGAACAGCUUUUCUAAAUGUUGGGGAAAAUCUCCAUAGGCAUAACUCAAUCAGAAUUUGUGUUUAACUCAUGUAUGCCUAAGGACCAUUCGGGGUUUUUUGUUUAUUUAGGGUUUUUUUGUGUGUAUACAUAAAAUGCAUAUGUAAACGGUUUUCUUUUCUUUCUUUUUUUAAACAUUCACCAAAACAAAACGGCAUUUCACAACCAUAGAUUAGCCCAUGUUUCUGGGAUGCCGUCAUUUUGAGCAACCUAAGAAAUAAAUCACUUCAAGUCUAAUUGAAAUUUUUCCAGAAGCCUUAACCUUUCAAAUUAAAUAGGUAAUUUUGUAAUUAAUUGGAAAAUUUAAAAGUAGCCAUAUCAGAAUUUGUAUCUACAGUCAUAUAAAUGCAAGUUUAUUUGCAAAACCCUGAAAGGAAAAUUUUAUCAUUACCAACAACCUCCCCACCCAAAUGAGAAAACUAGACAGAUCCUGGUGUGUUUUAAUUAGGCAAGCAAGGCUUAGUUAAGUGGACAUUUAAAGGUUCCUUCUAGUGAACCAACUUGAUAAGAAGUUGAAAUCCCUGGACUAUAUUGACUAAAAGGACAUGAUUCAUGGAAUGUGUAAGACUUAUUCAUGGAAACCUAAUCAGAUGGUUAGAGAUAUUGGCAGUUUAGGACCUGCUGGAAUAAAUGGGUGAACAAACUUUUGUAAUCUAAACUCAUGACCUGCAUGUUUUUUCUUUAUCCCAACUUACUCCUUACAUGUAGAUUCAGACUUCUCAGUAUUUGGGUUACUGGUUCAGCAGAAGCCAGGAGAAACAAUAACUUUGUAGUAGUCAGAAUGUUAUCCAACUGUAUAUUGUUUACUUUAUUGUAAAUACUGGUAAACGGUGGUCAAUAAAUAGUUUUAUAUUCCUUUA